AUGAGUGACAGUGGUGAACACGAGGACGUUGGGGGGGUCGACUCUUUUGACGAAGACCUGGAUCCGACUGAGGACCUAUUUUUUCCCCUUUUGGAGCACACGAAUGCGCCCGCUGCUGCUGAGCAGGGGCAAACGAAGUCAUAUCACGUCAAGCAAGACAGCCCCGAGCUGUACGCCCACCGAAACUCGGAUUACUCCAUUAAGGUGCAGCGUCUCCUCUGGAUCGAUGGCCAGGAAAAAGCGCAGGAAUGGAUUAAUGACCCUGACACGAAAAAACCAAUCAAGCGAGAGGUAGUGCGCGAUUCGACACUUGUUGUGCUCAAAAUUCAAAUGUGCUCUGAGAGAGCCGACCAGAGAUUCAAGUGGAUGAAAGCGACCCUUUCCCUGGAAGAUGGCAGACGCGGUGGAGAGAACCACCCGGAAGUUGAAGCAUGGGCGCCUUGGCGCGAGCUGGAGCGCGGCAACGAAGUAGUCGGUCACCACGAGGUCGCGAAGCAAGUAGAGGCAGGCGCCAAGUUGGGGUAUCAGGGCAGUGAUAUUUCAGUUGGGCGAGGUCGGCAAGAAAGCAUAUCGUGGGAAAAGACCCACUUCGACGUGGGUCACUCCUCAGCUGGAUCCAAGGACGGCAAGCAGAACAGUGUGACGUGGUACACUGAGGAGAACGACCUACAAAACCAAGGAAUCAAGCCUGAGGUGUGGGUUUCCGCCCUGUUCUCGCGGUCAUCGCCGGCACCAUAUCUAGUCAAGUUUGACAUCUAUGUACACGCCGGCAAACUCGACGAAUUUCAUCAUAAGACCAAAAGAUUCUUUGGCAUUGGGCCAGGGCGCACGAAAGCCUUCUUCGUCACACCCGGAAAGCAGCAGAUUAUUAAGGGCGAAGGGGUGGACAUGAUGGACGGCAUCGACGUCGGCGACUUUGGCAAACUGAGAGAUAAGGCGCUGAACACGAGCCUCCACGUAACCUGGGGCCUGACGGCCCACAACAAAAACAGUCAUACUUUGGCUGCGGACAUCGGGGCCAUGGAGACCCCCAAGGCUGCAUAUUUUGCCAAGGGCCCGGGGAAAGAGGCCAAGGAAGGAGCCGAGAAGCCCCCCGAGCAGGUGAAAGCAGCGGAGGAAGAGGGAAAGGAAUGGAUCAAGAAGGCGAUUCCCUCUGGAUUUCAUGAGAGCUCGCCUUCCAUGUCGUGCCGCAGACCUUCAGCACAGACUUGGCCGGCGCUUACGACUGCUGGCAUUACAGAGUACACCCGACUUGUGGCGGUCGAAGGUCGUGUCGCAGACACCGAAGCCCGCAUAGCCGCCCAGGACAAGUUCAUUCUGCAGUUGCAGCGUGAGCUCAUGUCCAAGGAUGUGCAAUUGGCUAAGAUGGAGCAGGCAAUUCAACAGCUCGCCACCUUACGGUCCGGGCCAGCCUGA